AUGUUUAGCGGAGGUGGAGGUGUGCCCUUUGAGGCCGGCUCGGAUGCAGAAGUCGACCAAGGAGCUUAUAAAGAUAACGCCCAGGAGCCAUCCGGCUGGCGUUGGAGCCAUGCCGUGGAACGAUGCUUUGCGGAAAUCAUUGUACGAGGAGCCUUGUGUGACAAUGCAUAUGAGGACUCGAGAACAAUCCAAGAUCAAUUCCUUAUCUUUCCUGGUCAUGAAUACACAACCGAGUUGCUGUCACGGCAAUUCGGAGUCCCGCCCUCGGGUAAUCUGCUUGAUGCCAACAAAUGGAAGAACUUUCCACCUGCCUACUUCUUCGAAACUGUCUCGGAACUCUACGUUGCUCUACACAGGCGAUCGCUGCCACAAGCAACUGGAAAAGUUUUAGCCGCCGCCCCCACGACGUUGAGAAAGGAACUAGCAGUCAACCCACACUUGCGUAGUCUGGCCCGUCGCGCAGAAUUGGUGGUGCAAGCCAUCAAACUUUGGGACGCGUUCUUUUGCAAGCCAAAAACGCCAAAAGGCGAAGAAGCAGCUGUUAUGCGAGUGCGGAACGACAAAGCAAAACGGAAGGGCAAGAAUCUGUCGUCGUCGCUUGCAAACAUCCCAAAGAGAAAGACAGCCAAAACCCCAGGGACUGAGUACAGUUGGAACAUGGACACCCGAGAUGCAUCUAGAACUGUAUUCACAACCAUUUAUACAAGCGACUUGGACUCGGUGAUUAGUGAUCUUGCACGCGGCAAGCUUAAUCCGGAAGAAGCCGCUGGUCUCAUUGGGUUUGCACUUUUGGGUUCAAGGCCAAGCGGCAUGACACUGUCGGAUAGCGAGGCCAUGAAGUUGCCUCCUCCUGCGAUUAGGGACACUAGCUGUAUUCAAGUGAGUAAGAAGCGCCUGCUUGCUAUGUUGAGCCACCUAGGGUUCUUGGAUUCGGUUGAUGGUCAAUUUCUGGUAGGAAUGAUUCAUGCUCUCUGGCGAGAAGCCAAUGAAUACACGAAUGGAACCUCUGACGCGACAACUGUGGCGGGCAGCCAUGAUUCCAAGUACAAUGCAGUGGGCAAAGCCGAAGAAGAAGGCCAUGACACGACUACAGAUGACGAGGAGGAUGCAUCUGAUGGGAGUGAUUUGAUUUCGUUGGGGACAUUGAAAUGGAUUCUCUAUGGGUUUCCAGCUCGGCAGCCGUCUUGGUUCUCAAGCUUUUGUAUGCCCUGUGGUUUUGGUAUGACUUCCUCGGAGAAUGCUUUGGCACAGCGUCAGGGCACGGAUGCUCAAGCAGAGCACGCGGUUCAGGUCUCAUCCAUGAAACGUCGCCAUGGGGAACUUGUCAGACACGAUGUCAUGACUUGCAUGCUGUGCCGGAGUGCGACAGGUUGCCCCGAAAGUCACGAGCAGACAGAGGAAGGAGAGGACGAAGGCGAUCAGGACAAGGACGAAGAUUCUUUGCGUUUAGAGUUUUCGUCUCACUACAUUCCUCAUCUGAACCGCGCUGAAGCUCCGAGUGACUACAAUGGGCCACGUGACGACGAGAGCUUUGUUACGUCGAGUAACGACUCUGCUGUGGAAGUUAGCACCAUAACUUCAUUGCUCGCGGGGGAUAUGUACGAUUUUGUCGAUGAGGAUGGUACCGAAAGCGCCGCAUCCAGAUGA